GUGGCUCUGCCUGAGUGACCUGAGCCCCUGUCCCUGUCGCCGCUGUCGUCUCCCGCAGCUGCGGCCUCGCAGUCAUGGGCGCCGUGUGGUCCGCCCUGCUGGUCGGAGGGGGUCUGGCCGGAGCGCUUUUUGUCUGGCUGCUGCGGGACACGGGAAAGAAGCGGGACGCGAAGCAGGAGAGGGACGCCUCUCUCGGUGAGGCUGUGGCUGCGGGAGGUGAUCAGGGUGGCAGCGGAGGACUGAUUACCAAGCCAGAGCAUCUUCAAGAAAGCAAUGGAUGUUUGGUUUCAGAGACCAAAGUCCCUGGUAAAGUGCAGGAGGCAGCAUGGAGAAUGCAGAGCCCUCCUGGAGAAGAUGGUGACUAUGGCGAGUCCAGAAAGCAUGCUCCUUUUGCAUGGCUUCCAGACACAGAAUCUCGAGCUCCAUCUGCAACUGGUAACUCUGAAGUUUUAAGAAAUGAAAGUUGUGAAUCUCGUAUAGGAGAGUGGGGAUUCCAAAAAGGACAAGAGACACCUGCUCAAGCAGCUCCAUGUUUUGCAGAGAAGUUGCCUUCUAGCAACCUGUUUAUGGACAAAGCUAAAGAAGAAGGGAGCCUUGAAAGGUUGAAUAGUCAGGACUCAGCUGACCAAGAAGACUGGGAAAUGGUGUCCAGGCACUCGUCUUGGGGAGACAUUGGUUUGGGUGGCAGUCUUGAGGCUCCAGUGUUAAGCCCAAACCAAGGCAUGAACUAUGGCGGAAGCACUCUUGUGGACACAAGAGGUCAGGAAGUGGAUGUGAACACAAAGAGGGGAGCUGCAAUGUCUUCAGAGUCUCAGCAAGUUAGUGUCAGGUUCCAGGUCCAUUACAUCACCAGCAAGGGUAUGCAAUUCAUUGCAGUAACUGGAGACCAUGAGCGGCUUGGGAGAUGGAACACUUACAUUCCUCUCCAGAAGAGCAAGGAUGGGCUCUGGUCUCGUUCUGUGUCCCUGCCAGCAAAUGUGGUGGUGGAAUGGAAGUUUGUGGUGGUAGAGAAUGGGGAAGUUACUCGCUGGGAAGAAUGCAGCAAUAGGUUACUAGAGACUGGCCACAAGGAUAAAAUGGUUCACAAGUGCUGGGGGAUUCACUGAUUCAGUUUGCAAAGGACUGAAGAGGCUGCUGCAGACUGUGGGAGAGGCUAAGGUUGUGGCGCACACUGAAUAAUUUAAAAUAAAGGAAGUAGAACUCCAAAUUUA